CUACAGCCUUCAGACAAACCCAAAUGAUCCAGCAUGAUUGCCCCUGUAUCAACUUGAUUUUAUAUAUACUGACGUAUGCGUGUCCUAAUGAUUUUGAAUUUUGCCGGUUCCUGUGUUCGUAUCAUGUCGUGCUCGUGUCAUUGCUUCAAGGUGCUGUUCGUAUCAUGAGAGCAAAAUAUUUCCCGAUACAUAAUAAUAUCAUUUAGUCAUUUUGAACGGGAGUCUGGUGGACCACCUAUUUCUCGUGAAAAAUGAGAUUAACAAGAUAUAUUCUCAAGAUCUCAUUUCACAAGAAUUCCUAUUUCUUUCUUUUACUACCCCACACACACAACACAACAACGUUUGUAUCAUAAAAAUCACACCCUUUCCCCUUUUCAUCUUUCCUUCUCUGUAAAACUAGACAUGGAAAUUGGAGAAGCACAAUUAGGUGUACAGGCAGUUUAACGUUUUGGUGUUGUUAUACGUGGAUAUUGGUUUGUAAUCUUUUAACUAGUGCGAUUGAGGCAGUAGACAGAUAGUUUAUCGGCAAAUUCAGCUGAUCUGUAGUUUAUAAUUCUGAAAAGCGAAAAUGCAUGGUCGUCACCGUAAUCCAGGCAAUGGGGUUAGAUCUAAUGCUAUGAGAAUGGAAGGUUCAGGCAGGGUCCAGGGCAUGUAUAACAACCGGAACUUCAAUCGGGGUGUUGGCCAUGGUUCACCCAAGCCUUUCCCACCACCUCAGCCACCUCGAAAAAAUGACAUUUUCAUGGAAGCUGGUCGGCUUGCAGCAGACUACUUGAUUUCUCAAGGCCUUCUACAUCAAACUGAGGUUUCUGAAAAGCGAGAGAAUGUUGGUGUGAAUCAUCAGAUUGCAAAAGAGCUUGGGAUGCAAGAAAGAGAAAACUUGCAGCUUUCCUCAGAGAGCAGGACAUCUGCCCUUGCUCGUUUGGGAAACACGACUCCUGAUGUGGGUUUUGCAGUUUUACCGGAUGAGUUCAAUGCGGUAGGAUCUAAUGACAGUGGGAGAGGAACGAAAAAGGAUGGACCAUUUAGAUCUAAAAGUUUAAAUUUGGGAAGAGAAAAUGGAAAUGCUGGGUCCUUGUUGGAGAAAUCCCGUUCGUUUUCUGAUAUUAAGGGUGCAGAUGAUUUUAGAACUGCUAGCCAAGAAGAACAGAAACGAGUUGGUGUUGAUGUCAGUGGUGCUGGUGUCUUGCCGCUGAAAAGUGAAAAUGCAGGUGGUUCAGAAUCUAAGCUAGAAAAGCUAGACUUCCCCAAUGAUGGUUGCUCAAACACUAAAAAAGAAGUCUUGACUUCUGAGACAAACGAAGAAAAUGCUAAGGGUCCAAAUGACUCUCUAGUUUUGGAUAUAGAGAACUCAAAAAUGAAGAAUGGAAUGGAGAAUGCGGUAGAGAAGGAAACAGAUAUGGAAGGCAAAACUGUGAAUAACUACUCUAUGCAGUGCCAUGUCGUGGGGGACGGUGAACAAAUGAGCAAAAACGGCAGUAGUUCGUUGAAACUAGGCACCUCUGCAGAGGUACCAACUAAGGCUCGUUUGCCUUUUGCUUGGAAAAAUGCAGAAAGUGAUCCAGUUUCGACAGCGGAUGAGGAAAACGGAUGCGAUAUUCCUCCACAAGAAGGAACCGAAGUUCCAAUUGAAGAAGAUUCUUGUCAAGUCUCUUCAAGUGACAUGUUGACAUAUGAAACUCACACUUCAAAAUGUUUGGAAUCCGACCUUUCUAGGCCACAGGCUGUCGAAGCUAAGGAAGAUUCUGUUGACUCAAAUGCUGCAUAUGCCGUGGAAGAGAGGAAAACGUGCUCCAUGGAACAGUCUUUUCCUAGUGUAUCUUUCAUGUUCCAGGAAGAAUCAGGCCAGGGUCCUUCUGGGUAUGGAAGUUGUAGUUCUUCAGUUAAAGAUAGAGGUGAAAAACGUACUAUAGAAACUGAUAUAGAAAAAGAAAGGACCAAGAAAGCCAGAGAAGAGUGGUCCUCAUCUAUGGUUAUAGAUGCUGAUGAAUACUUCGAUAGUCAAACUUUUGGUGGGUUGCCAUCGAUUUCUUAUGAGGAGAGGGUUUCCGGUGAUGAAGACAUGGUCAAUACGGCUAAUCAAGAGAGGCUGGUGGAAGUUGACCCAAGUGUGGAGUUCAAGGAAGAGAAACCAAUUUUUUCAAAUUCCUUCAAAAUAUGUGACCUAUACCUUAUGGAAGCUAAUGAUAUGACUGAGCAUCAUAAUCAAGACUCUGCGCUUGUUAUUCCUUCUAUUUUGGAAGUAAAAACAGAAGUACCUGAUUACUCACCAAAUAAUAACAAUAGAUCCAUUGAGUACAAUAGACAUUCAUUUAAUGGCAAAGAGGUUAUAAUAGUCGACUUAGAAGAUGAUUCUGCUGAUGAGAACAAGGGAUUUGAUACUUCGGAUAGAAAGGCUGAAGGUGUAUAUUCGGGCCUAUCAAGUUUCCAAAACAACACCGGAAGUACUUGUGACGUUCCCGAUGUUCACGAUGGUUAUGGCCUUAUGAUCUCUGAGUUGCUUGGAACUGAUAUCACAAAUUGUUCAUCUGUAUCAACAGAUAUCACGGGGCUGCAGACUGACAUGGGUCUUCAUAAUGAAGCGGGUAUGCUUUGUGAUGAUGAUUCAAUAUACCUAUCUCUUGGAGAAAUACCAAUAAGUUUUCAAGGAGUCUGGCCUGAGAAGCCCUUUGGAUGAACGCAACUUGGUGGUUAUCAAUUAGAAAGGGAUUUCUUUCGGCUCGUAAUUAUUUCAUCCAUCUGAUCCUUACCAUAUACCUUAGCUGGAGAAUCUUUGAUCCUCAUGUACGAGGACUGUUGCUUAGUUCAUCGUGAUGGAACUUUGAUGUUGUAAUUAAUCACAAAGUUUCAACUCAUUCUGCAAUCUCUAUAUGUACUAUUGUCCUUUUUCCUCCCUAAAAUGGAUGGUUUAUUUUCUUACGUGCA